AAGUGAUAAUACCAGUCCCACAUGUAUUGCGUCACGGUAUCCAUAACCUAAUUUUAUUUAAUCGUUUGAUUUGGGGAUGGGGAUGCCGUAUAACUAUUAUUUAACAACUGCGAAAAGGCUGAAAAUGCGCCUUCUCAAGAUGUUAUUCAAUUAGUAGUUACAUAGGAGCCGAGAAAAGAGCUAUGACUUCGUGGCAUAGAAGCUGUUCGCACAGCAUAUACAUGUGGAUUAAGUUCGCCAGAUUCAUUGGUAUAGGGCAUGCAUAGAAGCUUCCGUCCAUAUGUACAACACAGUAACUCAGCAUCAAGCCGUAUUGAGGAUGCUUUGUUGACGUUUACAUUCACAAUAAAUGUUAGUUGGGAGUGCAACGUACAUCAAACAGAAACAAAAUCGAUGCAAGCGCCGUGAGCGAGCGAUUCACAAACUACAGAGCACACAGUAAAACCUUUUAAACAUUUAAGUCAUGGGUAUUAGUUAUGAAAUCGCAAACAAAUGUAUCUCUGUAUACAUACUGUACAUAAAAAUGCCUAGGUCUAGUUAGGUGCGGUUAACUUUAAAUUUAGAAAUUCUGACUCCACACCUUUUUCCUUUAAACACGUCACGAACAUAGCAGUAUGUGAAAUAUAAGAUUUUUUAAAAAGGUCUCGAGUCGAGUCAAGUACGAGACACUGAAGACGGCCUUACAGUAGAGGUCGAAAUACGUAUCUGCCAAAGGAUGCAAAUUCUUAGUGGAAUUUAUAGGGACAGUACUUAACCCGACUUUCUUUUCUUACUUAAAUUGGAAGAAAUUUUAUCGUUGUUGCUCUUCUCGUACAGGUCAUGAACUUUGACCUCAAUAUAUCUGUCGUCUAAUGCCAGACGCGCUUUUUAUUUGACACCAUCCAUCAACUUCAAUGUGAUGCUGCUCGUUACGAUGUUAGGCGUCAUCUUCGGCGAUUUACUGGUUAGAGCACUGGAUAUCGGCGCAGUUCUCUGAAUGGUUUACCUGGCAAUCUUUUGAUUUGUUUACGUUCUAAUCCGGUCACCACAUGAAGAAAAUGAUGAAUCUUCUCAAACGGCAAAACUUUGAAGUCGAUAGCGGAGCGAAAUGAGAAACGUCCGAUUCUCUCAGAUACUAGGUAAUAACUGACUAUAAGAGUCUUUCGUUAACCAUUUGUAUCACUGUAUAUUUGAAAACAUCUUAACCCUAGCAGGAUGUUGGGGUCAAUAUGACCCAGACAGGCUCGCUUAACGUUCAUCACACCAUCGUGGUGCGCCUCGCUUAGCAUCUUAGGAGGGUUAAAUAAGCCUCUGUGUAGUCUACUUUAAUCCGUAUGCCUUUCCCAAUCUCUCUUGUUUAAAAGACGAUGUUUUUCUGUUCCGACAAUCAUGUAAGUCAAAACUACAGAAUAUCCAGUAAAGAGAAGUAUUUCCAUUAUGUCAUUUUUAUUUGUAUUUAUUUUUACUUGAAAACAUCUUUUCAUCAAUGCAAGUUUAACUGCUUCGUAGGGUUUUCCUAAACGCUUUUUUUUUGUUAUUGUUUACAAAGCUCUCGAUGAUCAAGUUAAAUUGAUAUGCAACAAAUCAAUGUUUACCACAUCCUGUGAUUACAAGUUGCAAAUACACAACGUUGUGCGAAACCUUGCAGGUAUAAAUAAUACAGCGUCUAGCAGUUUAACGCUGCAGUUUGUUCGAAACAUUCGACAAGACGAUCUCGUCGCACUUGUGGCGUUGUUACUCGCUAGAAAAAAAAAAUGGCUACCAGCUUCUUCAUUGUGGCUUUUGUGUUAGCUUUCUGUAGUGCGACUAAUCCGGUAAGGAACGACAAAGUUCCCAUCACAAAAGAGACACCUGGUGAAUGCUGGUUUGGUUUCGAACUGCUGAUAACCAAACUAGAAAUGCUUGAACAGAAGUUAAUGAAACUAGACAUUCUUGAACAGAAGGUUUCCAAGUUAACAAAAUUAGAUAUUAUUGAAAAGAAGUUGUCGAAGAUAACACAAUUAGAUAUUGUUGAACAGAAGCUGUCCAAGAUGGAACAGACCAUGGAGAAACAAGCAAAAAAUGUAUUCCGGUCAUGUUCAGAAGAACCAUCUAAAAUGUCGGGAAAAUACCGACUACAGCCCGAUGACAAAGAACCCCCGUUUGUCGGUUUUUGUGAACACGAAACAUUUGGUGGAGGAUGGCUCGUUAUUCAACAUCGUUUCGAUGGUUCGGUUAAUUUCUACCGCAACUGGACGGAGUACAGGAAUGGCUUCGGAAAAAUUGAUGGCGAAUACUGGAUCGGACUCGAAAGGUUACACAAGUUGACAAAGAAUAAAAAUAUUACUUUGCUGGUGGAAAUCGAAGACUACGAUGGCAAUUAUGGCUUUAGUAGUUAUAACAGAUUUCAAAUAGGUAACGAGACUGAGAAAUAUGUGCUGAAACCACUUGGGGAUUAUUAUGGAUCUAUAGACGGUUCUAUGAGAACUCACGAGGGACAAAUGUUUACAACGCGAGACAGUGAUAAUGACAAGUUCAACGGCAAUUGUGCACAAGAAGAAGGCGGAGCUUGGUGGUAUGCAGCUUGCGGCACUACUAACCCAAAUGGGCCAUUCCACAAGCAAGAAGGACAAUGGAAGAAGAUUUACUGGUACGCGCAUAAAAAGGGUGUUGAGUUAAAGUUUUUCAAAAUGAUGAUCAGAUAAAUAAAAGUUAUCAUAUGGCAGAAUAAAGUAAAAAAAUAACACUUUGUGCUUUUCACUUUAGAAAGAUAAAACCUCUGUCUCAUCCAUGAACAGUUCUAUAGUAGCCAAUUUUUUUUUUAAAUUCCUAACUACCGUGACCGGCCCUAAUUCGGCGCACUUUCGCGAAUAUACCACAAAAUCACGGACGCUAGUUCAAUAUUAGCUUCAAAUAUAUUUUUUGAAUAUUGUUUCAAUAGUAAUGAAAAGUUUGUGAAGAAAAAUUUUUGAAAUCAACGACCAUUAUUUUGUAAAAAAAUAAAAUGAUGUUGCAAGUACUGGAAAUUGCCUGAAAUCUGUGUCCGUUAGCAAAGCUGCUAAAAAGUUGCCUCAUAAGCUGAAGCAUUUUGCGACAUAAAUAAUGAAGAGAAUGUCUGCUUUUGCAUGCGCAUCCUGUACUGCUGUCUUCGAGGAAUCAGAAUCGGCAAAAAACAAUUGAGUUUUCUUCAUCUUUUCUUAAUCUUCUUGUUCUUCUUAGGUGCGCAGAAUUGGGAACCGGUAUUAAAUAGUGGUCCUAAUUCUGCACAGACAUUUCAACACUAAGUUUUGAACAUAUAAUUAAUAAACAAACAUCAUAUAAAUGCCAACAUAGUUAUAACUAGGAUGUUCUAUAGUUCUAGCAAUCCGGUGAAUGUAAUUACGUCUCAACAAGUUAGUUUAUAAACUUUGAAGGUUAAUUUAUGAUUCUUGCAUUUUUGAUCUGAUAGUUUGUGACCGGACUAACCACUUGUUUUAAACAUUUGCUAUCAACCUCUGGGGAAAUUGUAUGUGUUAAUGCAAGCAUUCGUCAAAUGCGAUAUAUGAUGUAAGUUUACAUGGAAUUUUCUUAAACAAUGGAAACCCUGGAGUUAGACAAGAAAGAAGUCUCAGUUUGCAAACAAAAAUUGUGCCACC